AUGAUCGUCGCUCAACUGUCACGACGACCAGAUGUCCAAACGUCCUUGCGUUCCUCACUAAAUCAGGGGCCUGAAGCUCCGACUGAGGAUCUAGCAGCAAAGGUACUUGAUCGUGUCAAGAUUAUGCGUGUUUUCGAUUUCGUGGGUGUGAGAGAGGCCAUUGGUGAGAUCCGGGAUGAGAUCGAAAAGAAGAAGGAUGUUGAACGUGCUUCAAAUAGUGAAGAGAAGAAGACAGAAUUACCCAUGAAUGAGGCUGCGAAGGAGGAGCCGCCCGUCGAGAAGGCGCCAGUGAAGCGGACUUGUGUCGCGGACAGCGAAGACGAAGAAGACGACGAGGAGAUGUUAUUCGAUUCAGAUGUUACCGGCACCAGAGCAGCGCAGCCUGUACAGAACCCAGAACCAACGCGAAUCGAAGCAUCAGAAGACACAAAUGCAGAGAUUAUACCGGGACCCAUGAAGAUCGUUCUGAUCGACAACCUGGCUCAAGUCCUCAACCCUUUGUUAAAGAAAGACUAUAUACAAGGUAUCUACCAUUAG